AGAACAGGAACAGCAAACAUUAUCAUCGACGUUCUGGAUGCCAACGAUAACGCCCCUCAUUUUCACCAAUCUCUUUACAAUGUGAAAAUAAUGGAAAACACCCAGGCAGAUACAGUCAUAAUUAAAGUGGAAGCAACGGACAGGGAUUCGGGUACCAAUGCAGAAAUCACUUACUCUUUUGGCCAGAUAUUUGGGAAUGUGCUCACAUCUUUCAAGCUAAACCAACGUACUGGGGAACUUGCUGUUUCUGGAACUAUUGAUUAUGAAGCGGACAAAAAAUAUUCGAUAAAUAUCAAAGCCACCGAUGGAGGGGGGCUCUCAGAUUACUGCAAAGUCAUCGUGGACGUUGAGGACACCAAUGACAAUGCCCCAGAGGUGACUCUGACCUCCAUCACCAGCCCCUUUCCAGAAGAUUCCCCCUUAGAUACAGUGGUGGCCCUUUUCAGUAUCAUGGAUCAAGAUUCCGGAGACAAUGGCAGAACUGCCUGCACCAUUGAGUCAGACUUGCCCUUCAUGCUAAAAGCCACUGUGAACAGUUAUUACCAGCUGGUGAGCCAACAGCCCCUGGACCGAGAAAGAGUCUCAGAGUACAACAUCACCAUAACCGCCACUGACUGGGGCUCUCACAGGCUCACUUCAACAAGAAUAAUUAAUAUCCAGAUCUCAGAUGUGAAUGACAAUGCUCCAAUAUUUGAGAAGUCAUAUUAUGGAAUGCAAAUAGGAGAAAAUAAUAUUCCAGGUCUUCUAAUAAGAUUGGUGCAUGCUGAGGACCAGGACACAGAGCAGAAUGCCAAAAUUAGAUAUUCAGUUUUGCCUGGGAAGGUUGGCGAUCAACCUGUGUCCUCUUAUGUCUCCAUCAACUCUGAAACUGGGAAUCUGUAUGCCAUCCGAUCACUGGACUAUGAGCAGGUGAAAGAUUUCCAAGUGACUGUGAGGGCUGUGGACAGCGGUUCUCCUCCCCUGAGCUCCCAAGCUAUGGUCCGAGUUGUUGUCAUGGAUGAAAAUGAUAAUGCCCCAUUCAUCCUCUACCCUCUUCAGAAUGGCACUUCCCCAUCCAAUGACCUGGUUCCCAGGGGGGCGGAGGCUGGCUACCUGGUCACCAAGGUGGUGGCAGUGGACAGAGAUUCCGGUCAGAACUGUUGGCUUACCUAUGAGCUCCUGAAGGCCACAGAACCGGGUCUGUUCAGUGUGGGGGCCCAGAACGGAGAAGUGAAAACCAUGAGACCCAUGAACAAACGAGACACCUUCAAACAGAAACUUAUCAUUGGAGUCAGAGAUAAUGGUGACCCUCCCCAGUCCACCUCUGCAACACUAAACAUUCUGCUAGUGGAUGGUUUUUCUGACCCUUAUAUGAAAAUGGUGGAUAUCCCAAAGGAGGAAGUGGUGGAGGAGGAAGACCGUACCCUGAUGAUGUAUUUGGUCAUAUGCUUGGCUGUUAUCUCCUUCAUUUUUCUGGUUUCUGUGUUGGUGUUUGUUGCCAUCAAGGCUCAGAAAAGGAGAAAAUGUGUAGAAAACUCUGGCAUGAAUUUCCCAGUGGGACCGAAUUUCCAGGAGAACUGUGGAGAUGCUGAUGCUGGAUCCCUCUCCCGGGCUUACAACUAUGAGGUGUGCUUAGCUGGUGGGUCCCUGAACAGUGAGUUCAGGUUUCUCAGGCCUCUCUUUCCUGUGUUUUCUGUGGAGCCUGCACCAAAUCAAAGGGAUUCAAUGAUUUCAGCUGGUUCCCAAGAAGUUCCCAGUCAUGCAGAGAAAAGUGAUCUCAUGAACCAG